AUGGAUAACAGUUACACAGAGUACCUGGCAAGAGCGCGGGGCAAUCCCGAUGGUCCUAUCACUGCUGGCAUGCUCUUAGCCCUCUACGGGGACUUCAGGAAGCUCGGGGACCAGGUGCUAGAUCUAAAAAAUGAGCAACAGCUCUCACGCGUGGAGAUCAUCGAUCUCCAGGGCCGGGUCAGCAAACUGGAAACCGACCCGAGCGGCAUCACGAUGGAUGCCCGCGGACUAAUUAGCAGUAAUAAGUUUUUCUAUUGGGACAGCGUCGUUAUCACGACGGACAAGAACAAGGAUGAGGGCAGCGUCCGGGCCUGCCUCGCCGAGCUGGGGCUACAUGUGCUUGAUAUCGGCCUUCUCACUCGCACUGAGAGGCCAGAUCGCAGCACAAAGAGCUGGCUUAUUGAUAUCCGGUGGAAGGACCGGGUAAAAUUCUUUAAAGCCGCACCUGACCUGAAAAGGUUGGGUCUCCGGGUAGAUGACUCGCUCACCAAGGAAGGGCGGGCGGAAAGAUCCAGGUUGCGGCCCAUGUGGCAGGUGAUAAAAGCGAAGCAGUGGAUCCCCAUGUGGCGCAACGGGGCCGAACUGUUUUAUAAGAAGAGCCCGAACGGGAGCGCACCGGUGCCCUACCCAAGCCAGUACGGUGACGACGACAGCGACAGUGGAGAGGUGACGCUAGUGCUUGGUCUAGCUGUAGGAGGAACUGGGACGAGUGCCAAAGGGUGCUGCCAAAAGAAGCGAGCAGUGUUUGAGAUUUCCCGUUAUCGUGACUAUGCUGCUCUGUUCACUGAUGGAUCCCAGGUCAUGCAUGCACUAAAUGGGGUGAUCACGGACCUAUCGAAUGGGGCCUGCAACAGCACGGAGUCGGUGGAGCGCAUUAGUACCCUCCUGCGGAAGGUGCUGAUUCGAGUAUUUGCGGGUCGCAGGCCUGAGGGUAUGCAAGCGGGGGGUGGUGCAUUAUGGUGGAACGAGGAAUGCCAAAGCGUCCGGCAGCACAUGCUUGCCUGCAGGGUGCGGCUUGGCCCUGGCAGGGUCGAGAAUAAGUCAGGCCCCUUGUGGGAAGCAUUCUGCAAGGCACGUAACGCAAUGAACCGUGCCAAACGUCGUGCCCGAGCAGCAUAUGAUGCAGAGAGAAUGCGUGAGUUCGUGGGCACCAUCGGGUGCCAUUCUGGAAGAGAUAACAAACGGUCGUCGGGCUGUUACUAG